AUGGCAAGUACAUGUCUUGUUCGUGAGUGUAUCUCUGUUCAUAUCGGCCAGGCCGGAGUCCAGAUGGGCAACGCCUGUUGGGAGUUGUACUGUUUGGAACAUGGUAUCCAGCCUGAUGGUCAGAUGCCAUCAGAUAAAACUAUUGGUGGUGGAGACGAUUCCUUCAACACAUUCUUCAGUGAGACUGGUGCUGGUAAACAUGUACCAAGAGCUGUGUUUGUUGACUUGGAACCAACGGUUGUAGAUGAAGUAAGAACUGGUACAUACCGCCAACUCUUCCACCCUGAACAACUCAUCACUGGUAAAGAAGAUGCCGCCAAUAAUUACGCUCGUGGUCAUUACACCGUGGGUAAAGAAAUCAUUGACUUGGUUCUGGACAGAAUCAGGAAAUUCAACUUGGUUCCCUAUCCACGUAUCCAUUUCCCUCUUGCUACCUAUGCCCCAGUUAUCUCAGCUGAAAAAGCCUAUCAUGAACAACUGACCGUGGCUGAAAUUACCAAUGCGUGUUUUGAACCUGCCAACCAGAUGGUAAAAUGUGAUCCUCGCCAUGGCAAGUACAUGUCUUGUUGUAUGCUGUACCGAGGAGAUGUCGUUCCCAAGGAUGUCAACGCCGCCAUCGCCACCAUCAAGACCAAGAGAACCAUCCAAUUUGUUGACUGGUGUCCAACUGGUUUUAAAGUAGGUAUCAACUACCAACCACCAACUGUUGUACCAGGCGGUGAUUUAGCCAAGGUACAGAGAGCUGUUUGUAUGUUGAGUAACACUACUGCUAUUGCUGAAGCUUGGGCUCGUCUGGAUCAUAAAUUUGAUCUGAUGUACGCUAAGAGGGCUUUCGUCCACUGGUAUGUUGGUGAAGGUAUGGAAGAAGGUGAAUUCUCUGAAGCUAGAGAAGAUUUGGCUGCUCUAGAGAAAGAUUAUGAAGAAGUUGGUGUUGAUUCAGUCGAAGGUGAAGGAGAAGAAGAGGGAGGAGAAGAAUAUUAG